GAGCUGUGCUGGUGAAGCUGCCUGGUUGUGAUAGCGUUGUAAAUAAGUCGUAACCUGCCACAUUUCACAGCUGCGUGCGUGUGUGUAUCCAUCCUUUUGCCUAGGAGUGGGGGGAGGGGAGGGAAGAUUUAAAGUGUCAGCUCUUUUUAAGACUGAGAAAAAUCCAGCAACAAGUAAGAAAUAGCUUGCUUAGUUUCUGGUGGCAAGAGGAGAAUACUGACCUGAGAUGGAAGUCAAAACAGCAUUUAGCAAAGCCAGCAGGAUUGCUGAAACUGUGUCCCCGUUAAUUAAUGAAGAAUUUGUCUUGGUUCAUCAGCAGCCUGAGGACACCUCUGGAAAAGAUGAAAAACCUCAGCUAAAGGUGUUUUCCAAUGGAGAUGAUCAGCUGGAGAAGGCAAUGGAAGAGAUUCUGAGGGAUUCUGAGAAGAACCAGAAUGUCUGUGCUGUGCAGGAAGGCUGCAGUGAUGGCAGUGGCCAGGCAGCUGCAGAUGGCCCAGCAGGGCAAGCAAACCCCCCAUCUCUGCACCUCGUUUUGGACCCUUCCACAACAGAAAUCUGUGCUCCAAGGCCGUGCUCUCCCAGCGAGCCCCUGGAGGAGGACAGUGUGCUGUUCAACAAGCUCUCCUACCUGGGCUGCACGAAGGUGGCGGCCCCUCGCAGUGAACCCGAAGCCCUCCACGCCAUGGCAAGCAUGAAGUCUUGCAGUCAGGCCCCUGUCCCUGUAACUCUCUAUGUUCCCAACAUUCCAGAAGGCUCCGUAAGGAUAAUAGACCAGCGCAGCAACGUGGAGAUGGCCUCGUUCCCCAUCUACAAGGUGCUGUUCUGUGUGCGUGGGCAGAGCGGCACCGCAGAGAGUGACUGCUUCGCGUUUACGGAGAGCAGCUGGGGCACGGACGAGUUCCAGAUCCACGUCUUCUCCUGUGAGAUUAAAGAGGCUGUCAGUCGGAUCUUGUACAGCUUCUCCACGGCGUUCAAACGCUCCUCCAAACAAGCCUCUGACCACGGGAAGGACUUUGUUCUCCCCACCCCAGACAGUGAUGUGUACACUUUCAGUGUCUCCUUAGAAGUCAAAGAAGAUGAUGGGAAAGGAAAUUUUAGCCCUGUGCCAAAGGACAGAGAUAAACUGUAUUUCAAGCUUAAGCAGGGAAUUGAGAAGAAAGUGGUGAUCACAGUUCAGCAACUCUCAAACAAAGAACUGGCCAUUGAAAGGUGCUUUGGGAUGCUGCUGAGCCCUGGCCGAAAUGUGAAGAACAGUGACAUGCAUUUACUAGACAUGGAAUCCAUGGGAAAGAGUUCUGAUGGCAAGGCUUAUGUCAUUACUGGAAUGUGGAAUCCUAAUGCACCCAUGUUUCUUGUGCUUAAUGAGGAAACCCCUAAAGAUAAGCGUGUCUUCAUGACCGUGGCCGUGGAUAUGGUUGUUACUGAGGUGGUGGAGCCAGUCAGGUUUCUGCUGGAGACUGUGGUGCGUGUGUAUCCUGCCAACGAGCGCUUCUGGUACUUCAGCAGGAAAACCUUCACAGAAACCUUCUACAUGAAGCUAAAACAGUCUGAAGGAAAAAGCCACACAAGUGCUGGGGAUGCGAUUUAUGAAGUUGUCAGUCUGCAAAGAGAAUCUGCCAGAGAGGAAGAAUUAGUCACCCCAACAAGUGGAGGAGGGCCCAUGUCAUCCCAGGAGGACGAGGCAGAAGAAGUUUUUGCAGAGAGCGAUAAUGAACUCUCCAGUGGCACUGGUGAUGUGUCCAAGGAUUGCCCUGAGAAGAUCUUGUAUUCCUGGGGAGAGUUGCUGGGGAGAUGGCACAACAACCUGCUGGUGAGGCCCAACGGGUUGUCCACCCUGGUGAAGAGUGGGGUUCCAGAGGCGCUGAGGGCGGAGAUCUGGCAGCUGCUGGCAGGAUGCCAUGACAACCAGGCCAUGCUGGACAGAUACAGAUUGCUCAUCACAAUGGAUUCUGCUCAGGAGAGUGUCAUCAAACGAGAUAUCCAUCGGACAUACCCAGCACACGAUUAUUUCAAAGAUACGGAAGGAGACGGGCAGGAAUCUCUGUACAAAAUCUGUAAGGCCUACUCCGUGUACGAUGAGGACAUCGGCUACUGCCAGGGACAGUCCUUCCUCGCAGCUGUGCUCUUGCUUCAUAUGCCAGAGGAGCAGGCAUUCUGUGUGUUUGUGAAAAUAAUGUACGACUAUGGCUUGAGGGACCUCUACAGAAAUAACUUUGAAGAUCUCCACUGCAAAUUUUUCCAGCUGGAGAAGUUAAUGCAGGAGCAGUUACCAGACCUGCACAACCACUUCUCAGACCUCAAUUUGGAAGCUCACAUGUACGCAUCCCAGUGGUUCCUCACGCUCUUCACUGCCAAGUUUCCACUCUGCAUGGUCUUCCACAUCAUUGACUUACUGCUCUGUGAGGGUAUGAACAUCAUCUUCCAUGUAGCCUUGGCUCUUUUAAAGACCUCCAAAGAGGACCUUCUACAGGCUGAUUUUGAAGGAGCUUUAAAAUUCUUCCGGGUUCAGCUGCCCAAGAGGUACCGAGCGGAGGAGAACGCCCGCAGACUCAUGGAACAGGCCUGCAACAUCAAGGUGCCAACGAAAAAGCUGAAGAAAUAUGAGAGAGAGUACCAAACCAUGCGAGAGAGUCAGCUGCAGCAGGAAGAUCCUAUGGACAGAUACAAGAGGGAGAACCGCAGGCUCCAAGAAGCGAGCAUGAGGCUGGAGCAGGAGAACGAUGACCUCGCCCACGAGCUCGUCACCAGCAAGAUCGCCUUACGGAAUGACCUGGACCAGGCUGAAGACAAAGCGGAUGUUUUGAACAAGGAACUUCUCCUGACCAAACAGAAGCUGGUGGAGACUGAGGAAGAGAAACGGAAGCAGGAGGAGGAAACUGCUCAGCUGAAGGAAGUCUUCAGGAAGCAGCUGGAGAAGGCGGAAUCUGAGAUCAAGAAAACCACAGCCAUUAUUGCAGAGUAUAAACAGAUCUGUUCCCAGCUGAGCACCAGGCUGGAAAAACAACAGGCAGCCAGUAAGGAUGAACUGGAAGUGGUGAAGGGUAAAGUGAUGGCCUGCAAACACUGCAGUGAGAUUUUCAGCAAGGAGGGGGCUCUGAAGGUGCCUCCUGUAAGCACGGACAACAAAGGCAUUGAAAUAGAUGAUGAGAAGGAUGCACUGAAGAAGCAGCUGAGAGAGAUGGAGCUGGAACUUGCACAGACCAAACUGCAGCUCGUGGAAGCCAAGUGCAAAAUUCAGGAGCUGGAGCACCAGAGAGGAGCCCUCAUGAACGAAAUCCAAGCUGCCAAAAACUCUUGGUUUAGCAAAACCCUGAACUCGAUCAAAACGGCCACGGGCACGCAGGCCCCGGCGCAGCCCCCGCCGCCCCUGCCCCCCCGGGAGGGCAGCACAUAGUUGGGGCCACACCCGGCACCAGAGCACAAAGAACAACGCAGCUGAAACACCCCGGAGGAGCCUCCCAGCGGUCCCUCCUCUCGGGGAAAGGACAAAAGGCAGGAGCGCAGGCUUGAAGUGAAACCCUUCGGUGUUUUUCAUUCAUUUUCUGAUGUGAGCCUUUACAAAAGGGGGUGGGGGGGGGGGAAAGUAAUUCCUGGUUUAUGUUGAAUUCUUAACUUCCCAACUGCCUUGCUGAAAGCCACGUUCUGAUACCUUCAUACUUUUACACUUUAUUUUCUAUGACUAGAUGUUAAAUAAAUACUUCAAACCUAGGUCUUUAAUACAC